AUGACGAGCGCUGGGGUUUCCAGGCCGCUGAAAGAGUUACUCGCCGAACAACUGCCCAAAGACGUGCCCAUCACCUUCUACCACUACUCAACACCGCCCUCCAAGUCCUCCGCCCUCUUCUCCGCGCCGCCCCAUGGCAAGUCCGAACGAACAUACUGCGAAUCGCAGACCUUGGCAGCGUCGAUAGUUCCAAAAGAUGGAGCAGCCUCGGAACUGCCCGAGGAGCUUCUUAUAUUGGCAAUUGAAGUCUUGAUCUACACCACGCGAAACCUCACGACCAUCUUCGUCUCCAAAGCCGACUCGACAGGUUAUAUAUCCGAACUACAAUUACCGCGAGCCCAGUCUGCGUCACCUCUGAAAGCCAUUUGUGGAACCUUUGUAUCCUGGCUAGCACGAGAACGACAGAGGGAAGGGAAGAAGCUGGUAGUGUCUCUCUUCGCCAGGGCACAGGAUCAAUACCUGUUUCCGGCAAGCAUCGAGAACAAGAACAAGCAUGUGCUAGAUGACAGAGGCUUGGUGAAGUGGUGGUGCAGAGUGCUCGAUCCCAUCAUAUGGGAGUACAAGGCUGAAGGAGAGCGGAAGCCCUUCACCGAACGGCUGGUUGACGGUUCGAAGGCGGACAGCACGUCAGUCCAAUCAGAGUCCACGGCUAAAGGCUACUUGGUGAUACCGGGCUUCGAGCCAUACGACACGCUGCGAUACAUUCCUCCACCUCCCGUCUCGAAUACCCCGCGACGCUGGGUGGCCACCCACCCGCUGCUACAAAUCGCUCCCUAUCCUGCCGCUCCACCGCGCUGCCUCGUACCACACUUUCCAGACGAUCCGAAAGCCAGAUUUCUUGACGAACUGGACGAAGAACUUCCCGAUCGGGGUACCGAUGCCAUGGUAGUAGAUGGAGGCACACCUUCGAGAAGCAAUGGGCACUGGAAGAGCGUCAAGACACUUGACCAGUUUUGGGAAUUCAUGGCCUUCAGGCAAGAGUGCUCAUCAGGGCGUAUAGUGGGCUUCAUAUGGGUUGUCAUAACACCACCCAAGCCUUCGAUACCCGAAGAAGACGAGGACAUGCCUUCGCAGCAAUCAGCGUCGCAGUCGUUCUCACAGCUUGAAUCGCAAGAGAACAUGUCCAGUCCAAAACGGAAGAAGGCUAGUCGACGCAGGCAAGAGGCUAAAACUAGGUAUGGACCAAUUCCCCUGGUUCUGCCAAAGAUCAAGAACAGCUCUUCAAACUUAUCGACGGCAUCCAACGUCUCUUCGAGCUCCGCCAAGAACCUUCCCGAGAACAGUCCAUACUGGAAAUGGCCCGCUUCCUCACGUGGCACCAUCUGCUUUUCGCUUAAGAACUAUGACCGCGCACAUGAGGUCCUUUUGCAACAGAGUUUCGCAAACCGAAAGGCAGCAGCACGAAGUACGAGGAAGUGGAAAGAGGAAAUUGCUGUUCUCGGGGGCAUGGACGAUUGGAGCUUCACAGUCAAGGGGAUAAAGGAGUAUGUAGCUCCAUUAAAACCUUCGGAUGCAACAAACGGCGUGACACCUACUAUGGUCAUGGGUGUGCGAAAGAAGAGGAAACCCGAUACCCCAUCAGAAGCGGCUGUUGGCGCAGAAAAGCCUGCAGAGUCCGCGCAAAUACUAGGAGAAGGCACAGUCAGGAAGAAGGCAAAGCUAGAACCCACACCCAUUACUAAUGCAAGCGCUGCAAAUGGGGUGAACACUUUGACAGCAGGCCUGGUGCGUAAGAAGCCGAAAACUUGA